CGCUCCCUCCCUUCCUUUCGUUCUUCCAGAGCAGGAGGGAGAGGAGGAUGCGCCUGGGUGAAGAAGCCUCGGCGUCGGGAGGCGAGGAAGUUUGAGCCCGGAGAGCGGUCGGGAGCGGAGCCGGGUUCCUGGGAAGGAGAAGGAGGGAAGAAGGAGGGAAGGAAAGGAGGAAGGAAGGGAGGAGGAGGAGGAGGAGGAAGAGGAGGAGGAGAACGCGGGACAGCGAGACAGAGAGAGAGGGAGAGGGAGAGAGCCCGGUCUUGCCUGCCUGCCUGCCUGCCUGCCUCUCGGUGUGUGUGGCUCUCUUUCUCUGGCGGGGGCGGCAGGCAGGAGCCCUUCCUUCGGCCCGGCCGGGGUCUUCUUCCUCCGCCUCCCCCUCCCCCUCCCGAUGCCCCUCCGGACAGGAUCGCCUUGAGGGCACCCAACGCGGAGGCAGGAGAGGCAGAAGGCAAGGCGGGCAGGAGAGAAGAUGGGCCGCCCCCAGCCGGCGCUGCCCCCGACUCUGCUGCUGGUCCUGGCCGGGAUGCUGGGCGAGGCCGGGGGAGGAUUCCCCAACACCAUCAGCAUCGGAGGACUUUUCAUGCGAAACACAGUCCAGGAGCACAGCGCGUUCCGUUUUGCUGUACAGUUAUACAACACCAACCAAAAUUUCACAGAGAAACCUUUCCACUUGAACUACCACGUUGAUCACCUGGAUUCUUCCAACAGUUUUUCGGUCACAAAUGCGUUCUGUUCACAGUUUUCCAGAGGAGUCUAUGCCAUCUUUGGAUUCUAUGACCAGAUGUCGAUGAACACCUUGACCUCGUUCUGCGGGGCGCUGCACACCUCUUUCAUCACCCCCAGCUUCCCGACGGACGCCGAUGUCCAGUUUGUCAUCCAAAUGCGGCCGGCCCUGAAAGGAGCCAUCCUGAGUCUUCUGACCUAUUACAACUGGGAGAAGUUUGUAUACCUCUACGACACAGAAAGAGGAUUUUCCAUUCUUCAGGCAAUUAUGGAAGCCGCCGUGCAAAAUAAUUGGCAAGUGACAGCCCGGUCCAUGGGAAGCAUCAAGGACAUCCAGGAGUUCAAGGCCAUCAUUGAGGAAAUGGACAAGCGGCAGGAGAAAAGAUACUUGAUAGACUGCGAAGUAGAAAGAAUAAAUACCAUUUUGGAACAGGUUGCAAUCCUCAAUAAAAAUUCCAGAAGUUACCACUACAUGCUUGCAAACCUGGGUUUUACAGACAUUUCCCUGGACAAAGUGGUGCAAGGAGGUGCAAACGUCACCGGAUUUCAGAUCGUUAAUACCGAAAACCCAAUGGUCCAGCAAUUCAUGCAGCGCUGGGUGAGACUCGAUGAACGGGAAUUCCCAGAAGCCAAAAAUUCUCCACUAAAGUACACAUCUGCAUUGACCCAUGAUGCCAUCCUAGUCAUAGCGGAAGCUUUCCGGUAUCUGCGGAGGCAGCGAGUCGACGUCUCCCGGAGAGGCAGCGCUGGAGACUGCUUAGCGAACCCAGCUGUGCCUUGGAGCCAAGGAAUCGAUAUAGAAAGAGCACUCAAAAUGGUUCAAGUGCAAGGAAUGACAGGCAACAUCCAGUUUGACACCUACGGUCGUAGAACUAAUUAUACAAUCGAUGUGUAUGAGAUGAGACCUGGCGGGCCACGAAAGGCUGGUUACUGGAAUGAAUAUGAGAGAUUUGUGCCUGCAGUGGACCCCUCUGUCUCCAAUGAUACCUCCUCAGUUGAAAAUAGGACUAUCGUAGUCACUACCAUCCUGGAAGCGCCCUAUGUGAUGCGCAAGCAGAGCCCUGAUCAAAAGGAAGGGAAUGAGAAAUACGAAGGCUACUGUGUUGAUCUGGCGUACGAGAUCGCGAAACACGUCGGGAUAAAAUACGUGCUGUCCAUUGUUCCUGAUGGGAAGUAUGGGGCAAGGGAUCCUGACACUAAAAUGUGGAAUGGCAUGGUGGGUGAGCUGGUCUACGGGAGAGCAGACAUAGCUGUUGCCCCACUGACCAUAACCUUGGUCCGAGAAGAAGUCAUUGACUUUUCCAAGCCCUUUAUGAGCCUGGGCAUCUCGAUCAUGAUCAAAAAGCCACAGAAAUCUAAGCCGGGUGUCUUCUCCUUCCUGGACCCUUUGGCCUAUGAGAUUUGGAUGUGUAUAGUCUUUGCGUACAUUGGCGUCAGCGUGGUUCUGUUCCUAGUCAGCCGAUUCAGCCCUUACGAGUGGCACUUGGAAGACAACCAAGAGGAGCCGCGAGACCCUCAAAAUCCUCCCGACCCUCCAAAUGAGUUUGGAAUAUUUAACAGCCUUUGGUUUUCCCUGGGUGCCUUUAUGCAGCAAGGAUGCGAUAUUUCUCCAAGAUCUCUCUCAGGGCGAAUUGUUGGAGGCGUCUGGUGGUUCUUCACCCUCAUCAUUAUCUCCUCCUACACUGCCAACCUUGCGGCCUUCCUGACGGUGGAAAGGAUGGUGUCUCCCAUAGAAAGUGCCGAAGACUUGGCUAAGCAGACUGAAAUUGCCUAUGGAACUUUGGAUUCAGGAUCAACCAAAGAAUUUUUUAGAAGAUCCAAAAUAGCUGUCUAUGAGAAAAUGUGGUCAUACAUGAAGUCGGCCGAACCGUCUGUCUUUGCCAAAACCACGGCGGACGGAGUGGCGCGCGUGAGGAAAUCAAAGGGGAAGUUUGCCUUCCUGCUCGAAUCGACCAUGAAUGAGUACAUUGAACAACGAAAGCCCUGUGACACAAUGAAAGUUGGUGGGAACCUGGAUUCCAAAGGCUAUGGUGUAGCAACUCCCAAAGGCUCAGCAUUAAGAAAUGCUGUUAACCUGGCAGUAUUAAAACUGAAUGAGCAAGGCCUCUUGGACAAAUUGAAAAACAAAUGGUGGUACGACAAAGGAGAGUGCGGCAGCGGGGGCGGUGACUCCAAGGUCAGCCUCAAUGUCACCACAAUCGGAACUCCUGUAAACCUUGCAGUAUUGAAACUCAGUGAACAAGGCAUCUUAGACAAGCUGAAAAACAAAUGGUGGUACGAUAAGGGUGAAUGUGGAGCCAAGGACUCCGGAAGUAAGGACAAGACCAGCGCCCUAAGCCUGAGCAAUGUGGCGGGGGUUUUCUAUAUCCUCGUCGGCGGUCUCGGGCUGGCCAUGACGGUGGCCUUGAUAGAGUUCUGUUACAAGUCUCGCGCUGAGUCCAAACGAAUGAAACUCACAAAGAACACACAAAACUUUAAGCCGGCUCCUGCGCCCAAUACCCAGAAUUAUGCUACGUACAGAGAAGGCUACAACGUGUACGGAACAGAAAGUGUUAAAAUCUAGUGGUACGGCUGAAGGUCUAAUCCCACCCUGAACGACGGCAUGCAACGGGAGGAUCCACCACGAUCCCAGCCACCACUCCAGCGACUUCUGACCACCUGAGCCAAUUUUCCUCCCUCCUGGGCGUCGGACCCGACACAUUCAAGACGACGAUGGUGCAAUGAACUUUUCAUAGGAUUUUUCUUUUCCUUCAGUGCCUUAUGGGGAGAUUCUUAAGACUCAAAAACAAUGCAAACCAUCUUAAAAACAAAAAAAGUAUUCUUGCUUUGCUUGAAAACAAAACGACGAUGACGACGACGACGACGGGAAACAAGACGGUGUUCUCCUCGACGAGAGCGGAGUCUUCUUGUAAAGAUAACUUUAGCGAAACGUCAACAGAAGCCAUUCUUUGAUACCACUGCACAGUAUACGGACACGCUUCUUUUGAAAUCGAAGCAAAAGGGGGUCCCAAGUGCCCCUUUCCCCCUCAUUCGCGAAACGUCGAGCUGUUCUUGAUCUUAUGCCUCAGAAAUGCUCCAGCUUCUCUUUCUAGGACAGCGCGUUGCCUAAUUCUGUGUUUUACUCUUGUACGACUUCAUGUCCUUCCUUCCUUCCUUCCUUCCUUCCUUCCUUCCUUCCUUCCUUCCUUCCUUCCUUCCUUCCUGGCAGAGGGGAUUCUCCUUCGAGCUUGCCUCACAUCUUAAGGAAAUGCAUAUAUCAACCCAAACAACUGAAUGUAACAUACAAAAAAGAGGGGAAAAGGGAGGCAGAGGUGUCAACAGAUUGAGAUAACAUACAUCAGAAGAUCAAGCUGUCCGGGAAGGAUAAGAGCGAAGACUGUGUUGCAAGACACAACGCAGGCCAGGAUUUUAUACCCAUUCUCUUCUAUCAUCUGCAAGUGCUUUGUUUUUAAACCAACUACCACUGAUAUUUAAUGGAUAAGAACACAAUAUAUUUGGAGUUUAGGUUUCCUGCCAUAUAUUAUCUAGGGAUGUGCGGCGUUCAUGCGCUUGUAUGUUUUUGGAAAACAUUUAACAUCCAAUUCUAAAAGCAAAAGGAUUGGGAGAGGAAAGCGUUGGUCUCCGUCAUACGAUCUCUGUCAAAAAAUGAAAAUUUCCCCUUUAUUUCCCUAUAACUUCAUUUUUUUAAAAAAAAAAGAGAGGGGAAAAAACCAACAAUUUAGCACUUUUAAAAAAUAUCGUGUCAGAAGCGAAUUGAGAAUGUACGGCAAGUCGCUUCUGGUGUGAGAGAAUUGGCCGUCUGCAAGGACAUUGCCCAGGAGACAUUGUCCGGAUGUGUUACUAUCCUACUCUCAUGUCCCUGCAAGGGAAGAUAGAGCUGACAGAUGGGAGCUCACCCCGUAUCAUGGAUCCAAACUCCCGACCUUCAGGUCUUCAGGUCAGCAGUUCAGCCGGCGCAAGGGUUUAAACCAUUGCGCCACUGCGACUCCGCAAAUCUAGCACUGUGUUGUGAUGAAGCUUUGAGGCUUCGAAAAGGUUGAUUGAGAUGGUCCCUCAAACGAGACCCAAGUCGAUCUGGCUCACGGCGAAAUGCUCUCUCAGUACUGGUAGUAGUUACUGUAUUCUCUCAGCUGCUCUUGGUCAUCAUUUCAUAACUACUUCUAUAAAAAUUAGGAUACUUAGGGGCCAUAUUUACUUUCGUAAGGAAUAUAACGCAUUCCAAAACAUGCCUAUUCAUAAAGAGACUGCAAUGCAUUACCGCCUUACAGCUUUUGAGAUGUAGGAAGAGAGAGAAUGGAUAUUCUCUGAUCUGAGCAUCUCAAGCCAGGAAAAGAUUUCUGGAUUUAGAACAGUGGUCCCCAACCUCUGGUCCGUGGAUCACCAGUGGUCCACAAGAACGAAAAUAUGAUCCACGGCCUCACUAUUACUAUAGUGUUGCCUCAAAACCACAUGGCAACGAGAGCGUCUGGUCUCACGAAACUCUCUUAUAGUGCCGAACCCAUUUGACUUUUUAGGGCACAUCCAGAUAGCACCCAAAAUGCAUGCCUUCCUGGGUUUUCACGUGGGGCAUCCAAACGACACCCCACAUAAAAGCAAAUGCAUUCAGCAGAAACAGGAAAACCCUGGUUGUGCCGAAUUAAUUUGACACCUGGAAAGACCCGGGUCUUGCGAAACUCUCUCAUAGUGCCAAGCCAACAGGGAUGUCGGGAGGGGAGAGGCUGACGACCCACGAAAGAUUACUACUACCACAUCAGCUCUAGAUUAUUAAAUAUGGUUUUCUGUGGGUGAGCAGAUAGCGACUACUGGGUGGCAUAUGUUCUGUAUCAGAAGCUAGAGCUGAUGUGGUCUAUCCAAUGUAAUUUUCUGAAUCAGCAUUCCAAAUAACCAAACCGAAUCUAAAGUUGACCAAAAACUGAUUCGUAACCCUUUUGGUACUACUGUGUUCCCUCAUUACUUUGUGGUUCACUUUCCGCGGACUCGCUGUUUUGCGGGGAAAGAGGACCAUCCCUACUUUGCGGAUUUUCACUUAUCACGGGUGGUCUUGGAAUGUAACACCCGUGUUAAGAGAGGGAACACUGUAAUGUUGGAGAGUGGUCCCUGGUCAAUGUGGUCUCUCAUCGAUGUGGUCCCUGGUCAAGUGAUCCAUGGUCAAAAAAAGGUUGGGAACCACUGGGUUCGGAUACGAAAUAAAUCCCGAGCUGGAAAGGAAUUCCGAGCCUGUAAAUUGUAAUCAAUCCGAAGCCAGGGAAGAUUUCCGAGCAGUCCGAGCUAGAUAAUACACUAGGCUUAGUUGGACCAAUGGUCUGAAUCUAUAAGGUAGCUUCUUACAUCCAUAGCUGCAUUUUUACUAUUUAAAAGAAAUCCCAUGAUCAUUUAUCAAAUAGCUUAAAAAAUAUAAAAUAAAGGCAUCAUCAUCUGCAUACUAAUUAAUUACCUCUAAUACGACGAUAUGUGCAAUUUGGUAGUUCAGCAAGGUUUCAUUUCAUAAAUAACAUACUGGAUAUUAAGACAAAAAAACGAAAAAAAAUGAUAAUAAUAUAUAUUUUUCUUUAAAAUUAAAAAAAGCAAAAUGUUUGGAAGAGGUCACUGAGGAUAUAUUUGAUAGCUCAUUAAAACUCAAACAUAUAAAAGUCACUGAGGAUAUAUUUGAUAGCUCAUUAAAUCAAUCAAGCAUAUAUCAUAGGAAUUUUAAAAAAAGGAAAGAAAUACAUAUUUACAUUAUUUUCCACCAAACGUAACAUUAAAAAAAGUAAGAUUCACAUACGAUAGGACAAAGUUGCUGCUCAUGUUUUUACAGAGACGUUAAGCAAAAAGAAAACUGUUCUUUUUCCUGAAACUGUGAUUUUAAAAUUUUCUGAAUGCUACGAUAUUUCAGCAGAAGGAAAUGUGAAGCUGUGCAAAAUAUGUUGUAUUUACGUAAAAAAAAAACGGGGGGAAAAAAAGAGAAUUUUUCUUAGAAGCUGUAUAAAAAGAAAUGUAUGUUUAUCAAAUGAGAAUAAUUUUUUUCAGAGUGAAGGCUUCAUGCCGGUGAUGGGUUUGGUAAAUGGGUUGUUAUUUUUUAAAAUGUGCAUGUUAAUUAACAAAAAAAAAUGUCAACUGCUUAAAAAAAAAAAAAACAACCACCCGGUCCUGCUCCUAACUUCAGGCUAUGGAAGAAGUCUAGCAGUAACAAUUUAAGACUCUGUUUUUGUUCUGUUUUUCCUCCUUUUUCCUUUGGAAAGAAAAACUCCAGCAAACCCUUUUUGAGAUGAUUUUCCUUAUUGGUUGUUAAAACUGCACUUCAGUGAACAGAAGACGAAAAACAAAACAACUCGCCAAGCAAAACUCAUGGCUGGCUGUCAAAGUGUAAAAACUGCAUGUGUGGGCAUAAAUUCCUGAGCCUCACUUGAAUGAGGUCUUGUACAAAGAGUUUUAAUACAUUUUGUAAAUAAAAUUGUAAAGAAAAGAAAAUAAAAAAUCAUGAUUCUGAA